AUGAGUAAUCAGAAGAAGAGGAAUUUUCAGAUAGAGGCGUUUAAGCAUCGAGUCGUGGUGGAUCCCAAAUAUGCCGAUAAAACCUGGCAGAUUCUUGAGCGUGCUAUUCAUCAGAUUUACAAUCAAGAUGCUAGCGGUCUCAGCUUCGAAGAGCUUUACAGAAACGCGUACAACAUGGUCCUGCACAAGUUCGGAGAGAAGCUUUACACUGGGUUUAUUACCACUAUGACUGCUCAUCUCAGAGAAAAAGCCAAGCUCAUUGAGGCAGCUCAGGGAGGAUCAUUCCUAGAAGAGCUCAACAAGAAAUGGACUGAGCACAACAAAGCUUUAGAAAUGAUACGGGACAUUCUGAUGUACAUGGAUAGAACAUACAUCGAGAGCACCAAAAAAACCCAUGUUCAUCCGAUGGGGCUUAACUUAUGGAGGGAUAACGUAGUGCAUUUCACUAAGAUACAUACAAGACUUCUAAACACCCUUCUUGAUCUAGUCCAGAAGGAACGGACCGGUGAAGUCAUAGACAGGGGGUUGAUGAGGAAUGUUACUAAGAUGUUCAUGGACUUGGGUGAAUCUGUGUAUCAGGAUGAUUUUGAGAAGCCCUUUUUGGAGGCUUCUUCUGAGUUUUAUAAGGUUGAGUCUCAAGAAUUUAUCGAAUCUUGUGAUUGUGGGGAUUACCUAAAGAAGGCAGAAAAACGUCUCACUGAAGAAAUAGAUAGGGUAGCAAACUACUUGGACGCUAAAAGCGAAGAGAAGAUUACUAGUGUGGUUGAGAGAGAGAUGAUUGCCAACCACAUGCAGAGACUGGUUCACAUGGAGAAUUCAGGUCUGGUGAAUAUGCUUCUGAAUGACAAGUAUGAGGAUUUGGGUAGAAUGUACAACUUGUUCCGCAGGGUCACCAAUGGUCUUGUUACUGUCAGAGACGUUAUGACUUCACAUCUUAGGGAGAUGGGAAAGCAGCUGGUUACUGAUCCGGAAAAGUCGAAGGACCCGGUGGAGUUUGUGCAGCGUCUAUUGGAUGAGCGGGAUAAAUAUGACAAAAUCAUCAGCACGGCAUUUGGCAAUGAUAAAACAUUUCAGAAUGCGCUGAAUUCUUCAUUUGAGUAUUUCAUCAACUUGAAUGCUCGUUCUCCUGAGUUUAUCUCUCUGUUCAUUGAUGACAAACUACGGAAAGGACUAAAGGGUAUCGGUGAAGAGGAUGUGGAGGUUAUCCUUGAUAAAGUAAUGAUGUUGUUCCGCUACUUACAGGAGAAAGAUGUUUUUGAAAAGUACUACAAGCAGCAUUUGGCUAAAAGGCUUCUCUCUGGCAAAACUGUGUCGGAUGACGCAGAGAGAAGUUUGAUAGUGAAACUGAAGACAGAAUGUGGGUAUCAGUUCACUUCAAAAUUGGAAGGCAUGUUCACUGACAUGAAGACUUCAGAGGACACAAUGCGUGGAUUUUAUGGCAGUCACCCGGAGCUUUCAGAAGGACCAACACUUAUUGUCCAGGUUCUUACAACUGGUUCUUGGCCCACACAGCCUGCAGUGCCUUGUAAUCUCCCAGCUGAAGUUUCGGUGCUCUGUGAGAAGUUCCGGUCUUAUUACCUUGGGACUCAUACAGGUAGAAGAUUGUCCUGGCAAACUAACAUGGGCACAGCCGAUAUCAAAGCUGUGUUUGGAAAGGGUCAGAAACAUGAACUGAAUGUGUCAACGUUUCAGAUGUGUGUCCUUAUGUUGUUCAACAACUCUGAUAGACUCAGCUACAAAGAGAUCGAACAGGCCACUGAAAUCCCAUCAUCAGAUCUUAAACGCUGUUUGCAGUCGCUGGCAUGCGUAAAGGGCAAAAACGUGCUAAAGAAAGAACCCAUGAGCAAAGACAUAGGAGAGGAGGAUUCGUUUGUUGUGAACGACAAGUUCACCUGCAAGUUUUACAAAGUGAAGAUUGGAACCGUGGUAGCCCAAAAGGAGACAGAACCAGAGAAGCAAGAGACGAGACAGAGAGUGGAGGAAGACAGGAAACCUCAGAUUGAAGCAGCCAUUGUGAGGAUCAUGAAGUCUAGAAAAGUACUGGACCACAACAAUAUAAUCGCAGAGGUGACCAAACAGUUGCAGCCACGGUUCCUGGCUAACCCAACGGAGAUAAAGAAGAGAAUCGAGUCGCUCAUUGAACGGGAUUUCUUGGAAAGGGAUAAUACAGACCGGAAACUAUACCGCUAUCUGGCCUAA